AUGUGGCAUGAAGUAGAUGGUUUCAUUGAUAAAAUCAAAGGAUUGUGGCAAAGUUAUACAAUUGGGGGCAGUCCAGACUUCAUUUUAAUGCAAACAUUGAGAAGAUUGAAGAAGGACAUUCAGAUUGGAACAGGGAAACCUUUGGCCAAUUGGAAGCACAAAUUGCUUGAAGACCUAGCCUUACUGAAGCAAGUAACUGAGAAUAGAAUAACGGCUUGGGUAGAAAAAGAGAAAUCUUUGCAACUGAAACUGAAUAUACAACAAAUGGCAAAGGUUGAAGAUAUAUCAUGGAGACAAAAAUCAAGAUGCAUGUGGCUCAAAGAAGGAGAUAGAAAUACCAAGUUCUUUCAAAAAAUGAAAAAUUCUUAUAGAAGGAACAACUCCAUAGAUAAGUUGUUAAUUGGGGAAGAAAUCAGUGAAGACAAAGAUGGAAUCGAAGCAAAAAUCCUAAGGUUUUAUCAAGAUCUGUACACUGAAAAUGAGCAAUGGAGGCCAAGUACUCACUUUCAAAACCUGGCUAGCAUAACAGUAACUCAGAAAGUAUGGUUAGAGAGAAUAUUUGAAGAAGAAGAUUGUAUUGGCAGCAAUUAA